AUGUUGGAAGGGGUUAUUCCAUCAAGUCUGAAAAAUUGUCACAGUCUAUUAGAAUUGGGGCUCAGUAACAACAAGCUUAGUGGAGAAAUACCUACACAACUUCUUCAACUUUCAUCUCUAUCCAUAAUAUUGGACUUUUCUCAUAACAACCUAUGUGGUUCACUUCCAAUAGAGGUUGGAGACCUCAACACUCUGAGUCUACUAGACUUAUCGUAUAAUAAUUUAUCAGGUAACAUUCCUAGUAGUCUUGGUGGAUGUGCAAGCCUUUUAGGGUUGUCCCUAAGAGGCAAUUCGUUUCAAGGUAUGAUACCCCAAUCACUAAGUUCCUUGAAAGGAUUGAUGGUACUUGAUAUUUCUCAUAAUAAUUUAUCGGGCCAGAUUCCUCGAUUCUUUGAACGUUUUUCGCUAGAAAACUUGGACAUAUCUUUCAAUGAUUUUGAGGGCGAAGUACCAAUUCUAGGAGUAUUCGUCAAUGCAAGUGCAUUCUCGUUUUCAGGGAAUAGUAAGCUUUGUGGUGGCAUUGUUGAACUUGGGUUACCUAAAUGCAAAAAGCUAAGAAACGUAAAAAGAAAAUUUCAAGUGUUUAUGAUAGUCAUUUCGACUGCAUCCACACUUUUCACCAUAAUAUGUUUAGUAUAUGUUUGGUGUAAGAGGAAAAGAAAGAGCCAACUGGCUCAAUCAUUAGCAAGCAAACAAUGCAGAAAAGUUUCUUACAAUCAACUUCUCAAGGCUACCGAUGGGUUCUCCGAAGCCAAUUUAAUUGGAAAUGGCGGAUCCGGUUCAGUUUAUAAAGGAAUCCUUGAUGAAGAUAAUGAUAAAUUUGUUGCAGUAAAAGUUCUACAUCUUCAAAAUCAAGGAGCUCAAAGAAGCUUUAUGAGGGAGUGUGAAGUAUGGCGGAACAUUCGACACCGAAAUUUGUUGAAGAUAAUAACUUCAUGUUCGAGUGUCGACUUUCAAGGGAAUGAUUUUAAAGCGUUGGUUUACGAGUUCAUGCCCAACGGGAGUUUACAUAAUUGGUUGCAUUCAGGUGAACGUACAUCAAGACUAAACCUUCUUCAGAUAAUAAAUAUUCUUAUGGAUGUAGCUUUUGCACUUGAUUAUAUUCACAAUCAGUGUGUACCACUUAUUGUUCAUGGUGACUUGAAGCCUAGCAAUAUUCUACUAGAUGAUGAUAUGGUGGCUCAUGUUGGAGAUUUCGGUUUAGCUAGAUUUUUUGGAAUUUCAUACCCACACAGCUCAACCGGGAGUAGAGGAACAAUUGGUUAUGCCGCUCCAGAGUAUGGUCUUGGAAAUGAGAUGACAAGUAGUGGGGAUGUAUAUAGUUUUGGAAUAUUAUUACUCGAGGUGAUGACCGGGAAAAGGCCGACUGACAACAUCUUUAACGAGGAUCUUAGCCUUCACAAAUUUGCUUCCGCAGCCUUGCAAGACCAUGUAACCGAUGUUAUUGAUGUUAACAUUCUAAAUGUUCAUCAAGAGGAUGAAACUUUUAAGCAAAACAAUGAAGCAAAUGCAAACAAAAUAGAGGAAUGUCUAGCUUUAACAGUCAGGAUUGGAGUAUCAUGUUCUCUUGAUUCUCCACAACAACGGAUGGAUAUGAAGGAAGUUGUGUAUGAACUACAGCAUGUUUUGCAUAUGCUUCAAAAUAUUUGA